ACGCGCAGGAGCUGCGCCGGCUGGGCUGCUGGUUCAGAGGUUCCAGGCUGCUCAGUACCGCUGCCCUCCAGGCCUCGGCUCCUGAUUGGGGCCACUGCGCUGUGCCCUCAGGAUGAGCGUCCCUGACUACAUGCAGUGCGCCGAGGACCACCAGACCCUCUUGGUGGUCGUACAGGCAGUGGGCAUUGUCUCCGAGGAGAACUUCUUCCGGAUCUACAAGCGGAUCUGCUCGGUGAGCCAGCUCAGCGUGCGUGACUCGCAGCGCGCGCUCUUCAUCCGCUACCGACACCACUACCCUCCGGAGAACAACGAGUGGGGCGACUUCCAGACGCACCGCAAGGUGGUGGGCCUCAUUACCAUCACCGACUGCUUCUCGGCCAAGGACUGGCCGCAGACCUUCGAGAAGUUCCACGUGCAGAAGGAGAUCUAUGGCUCCACGCUCUACGACUCCCGCCUCUUCGUGUUCGGGCUGCAGGGUGACGUGGCCGAGCAGCCGCGCCCCGAUGUGGCCUUCUAUCCCAACUAUGAUGACUGUGAUUCGGUGGAGAAGCGCAUCGAAGACUUCAUCGAGUCCCUUUUCAUCGUGCUGGAGUCCAAGCGCUUGGACAGAGCCACUGACAAGUCCGGGGACAAGAUCCCUCUUCUCUGUGUCCCUUUCGAGAAAAAGGACUUCGUGGGACUGGACACCGAUAGUAGACAUUACAAGAAGCGGUGCCAAGGACGCAUGCGGAAGCACGUGGGAGACCUGUGCCUCCAGGCUGGGAUGCUGCAGGAUGCCCUGGUGCACUACCACAUGUCCGUGGAGCUCCUGCGCUCCGUGAAUGACUUCCUGUGGCUGGGGGCUGCCCUGGAAGGGCUAUGUUCCGCUUCGGUCAUUUACCACUAUCCCGGAGGAACUGGCGGCAAGACUGGGGCUCGGAGACUCCAAGGUAGUUCACUUCCGUCGGAAGCAGCCAACAGACACCGGCCAGGGGCGCAAGAAGUUCUCAUUGACCCAGGUGCCCUCACCACUAACGGCAUCAAUCCUGACACCAGUACCGAGAUCGGCCGGGCCAAGAACUGUCUCAGCCCAGAGGACAUAAUUGACAAAUACAAAGAGGCCAUUUCCUAUUACAGCAAGUAUAAGAACGCCGGAGUGAUUGAGCUAGAAGCGUGUGUCAAGGCUGUGCGUGUCCUGGCUAUACAGAAGCGUGGCAUGGAAGCGUCGGAGUUUCUCCAGAAUGCUGUAUACAUCAACCUCCGGCAGCUUUCUGAAGAAGAGAAAAUCCAGCGCUACAGCAUCCUGUCUGAGCUCUACGAGCUGAUUGGCUUCCAUCGAAAGUCCGCAUUCUUCAAGCGGGUGGCUGCCAUGCAGUGUGUGGCCCCGAGCAUCGCAGAGCCUGGCUGGAGGGCCUGUUACAAGCUCCUUUUGGAGACGCUGCCUGGCUACAGUCUGUCACUAGACCCCAAGGACUUCAACAAAGGCACACACCGAGGCUGGGCUGCUGUCCAGAUGCGCCUGCUGCAUGAGCUGGUCUAUGCCUCCCGAAGGAUGGGGAACCCUGCGCUGUCUGUGCGCCACCUGUCCUUCCUUUUGCAGACCAUGCUGGACUUCCUGUCUGAUCAGGAAAAGAAAGAUGUGACUCAAAGCCUGGAGAACUACACAGCCAAGUGUCCCGGGACGAUGGAGCCCAUCACCCUCCCAGAUGGCCUCACGCUGCCUCCCGUGCCGUUUACCAAGCUGCCCAUUGUCAGGUGUGUCAAACUGCUGAGCCUCCCUACCAGCCUCCGGCCACAGAAGGUGAAAAGCUUGCUGGGGCAAAGCGUGUCCACCAAGAGCCCCUUCAUCUAUUCACCAAUCAUCGCAUACAACCGUGGAGAAGAGCGCAACAAGAAAAUAGACUUCCAGUGGGUUCAAGGAGAUGUGUGUGAAGUUCAGCUGAUGGUGUACAACCCAAUGCCGUUUGAGCUCCGCGUGGAAAACAUGGGGCUUCUCACCAGCGGAGUGGAGUUCGAGUCUCUCCCUGCAGCACUUUCCCUUCCUGCGGAAUCUGGUUUGUAUCCAGUGACACUGGUCGGGGUCCCGAAGACUACCGGGAUGAUCACCGUGAACGGUUACCACACUACGGUCUUUGGGGUCUUCAGCGACUGCCUUCUGGACAACCUUCCGGGAGUGAAAACCAGCGGCUCCACCGUGGAAGUCAUUCCUGCCCUGCCAAGAUUGCAGAUCAGCACAUCGCUGCCCAGGUCUGCACACGCAUUGCAGCCUUCUUCUGGUGAUGAGAUAUCGGCUAACGUGUCCGUCCAGCUCUACAACGGAGAAGCUCAGCAGCUGGUCGUUACCUUGGAGAACAUUGGACUGGAACCCCUCGAACAACUGGAAGUCACCUCAAAGCUUCUCACCACCAAGGAAAAGUUGUACGGGGACUUCUUGAGCUGGAAACUGGAGGAAACGCUGGCCCAGUUCCCUCUGCAGCCCGGGAAGGUGGCUACUUUCACCAUCAACAUCAAGGCAAAGCUGGACUUCUCCUGCCAGGAGAACCUCCUCCAGGACCUGAGUGAUGAUGGAAUCAGCGUGAGCGGCUUUCCCAUGUCCAGUCCUUUCCGCCAGGUCGUCCGGCCCCGAGUGGAGAGCAGACCCACCAACCCAUCUGAGGGCAGCAAGACGGGGGACCUUGGCCACCUCAAGACUCUGGAAGCUGUCCUGAACUUCAAGUACUCCGGAGGCCCGGGACACGUGGAAGGGUAUUACAGGAACCUCUCUCUGGGGCUGCAUGUGGAAGUGGAGCCAUCAGUGUUUUUCACCAGAGUCAGCACACUUCCGGCAACCAGCACCCGGCAGUGCCACCUGCUCCUUGACGUCUUCAACUCCACAGAGCACGAGCUGACAGUCUUCGCCAGGAACAACUCGGAGCUCAUCCUGCAUGCCAGUGAGUGCCAGCGAAUGGCUAUUCAAGUGGACAAGUUCAACUUUGAAAGUGUCCCAGAAUCCCCUGGAGAGAAGGGACAGUUUGCAAAUCUGAAGCAGUUGGAAGAAGAGAGGCAAGAAGCACGAGGCAUGGAGAUCAGCAGCAAGCUGGACAUCCGCUGGAGAAUCCCAUCUCUGAAGCGCAGCGGUGAGGCGAGUGUGGAAGGCCUCCUGAACCAGCUCGUCCUGGAACACCUGCAGCUGGCACCUCUGCAGUGGGAUGUGCUGGUCGAUGGGCAUCCGUGUGACUGUGAGGUGGCAGCCGCCUGCCAGGUCGGUGACCCCGUGCGCUUGGAGGUGCGGCUGACCAACAGGAGUCCCCACAGCGUGGGGCCCUUCGCCCUCACCGUGGUCCCCUUCCAGGACCACCAGAAUGGUGUGCACAACUAUGAUCUGCAUGAUGUCAUCUCCUUUGUGGGGUCCAGCACCUUCUACCUUGACACGGUGCAGCCAUCAGGCCAGUCAGCCUGCCUUGGGGCCCUCCUCUUCCUCUACACAGGUGACUUCUUCCUCCACAUCCGGUUCCAUGAAGACUGCAAGAGCAAGGAGCUGCCACCGUCCUGGUUUUGCUUACCCAGUGUGCAUGUGCGGGCCCUGGAGGCACAGGCCUGAGCCCCUUCCCCCUGAAGGCUGUGUCCUCCUCCCUCCCGGAAGUUACCCCAUUUACUGCCUGCUCCGUUUCUGGCCUAUUACCCUGAGUAACCUCAAACCCAGGGCCAGCCUGGGUGGCUCUGCUGUAUGGCCAGCACUGCAGAAGAUCCUUCCUGCUCUGUCGCCUCCUUUUAGCUUUAAGAAGAAAUGCCGAGCCAUCCCUUGAAUCUCCUGAGGUCUGGCUCACUCCUACAAAUGGGACUGACAACCCAAGCAAGGGAAGGGGACAGUGCAGGUGACCAGGGUGAGCAGGCAUCGGGGUGUUUCCUGCCUAUGUGUUCUGGUCUCCAGGUCUGUGUAUUCUUGUUGCUGUGUUCUUCAAUAAAGACCUGCCUUGCUUAC